AUGCGGCCCGCCCGGACUGCGCUCUGGCUGCGCCUUGCAGUGGCCCUGGGCCUGGCCCUCGUUGGCCCCCUGCCUGUGGGGUGGUCCUCGGCCCGGGCCCCCAUCUAUGUCAGCAGCUGGGCCGUGCGGGUGUCCCAGGGUUACCGGGAGGCCGAGCGCCUGGCGCGCAAAUUCGGCUUCGUCAACCUGGGGCAGAUCUUUCCUGACGGGCAGUACUACCACCUGCGGCACCGGGGCGUGGUCCAGCAGUCCCUGACCCCACACUGGGGCCAUCGCCUGCGCCUAAAGAAAGACCCCAAGGUGCAGUGGUUCGAGCAGCAGACGCUGCGGCGGCGGGUGAAGCGCUCGGUGGUGGUACCCACAGACCCCUGGUUCCCCAAGCAGUGGUACAUGAACAACAAGGUGCAGCCGGACCUGAACAUCCUGCAGGCCUGGAGCCAGGGGCUGUCGGGGCAGGGCGUUGUGGUCUCUGUCCUGGACGACGGCAUCGAGAAGGACCACCCGGACCUCUGGGCCAACUACGACCCCCUGGCCAGCUAUGACUUCAAUGACUAUGACCCAGACCCCCAGCCGCGAUACACGCCCAGUGAUGAGAACCGGCACGGGACCCGCUGUGCUGGGGAGGUGGCAGCCAUAGCAAACAACGGGUUCUGCGGCACGGGCGUCGCCUACAAUGCCCGCAUCGGAGGCGUGCGCAUGCUGGACGGCACCAUCACGGACGUUAUCGAGGCUCAGUCGCUGAGCCUGCAGCCGCAGCACAUCCACAUCUACAGCGCCAGCUGGGGCCCCGAGGACGACGGCCGCACCGUGGACGGCCCCGGCAUCCUCACCCGGGAGGCCUUCAGGCGCGGCGUGACCAAGGGCCGUGGUGGGCUGGGCACGCUCUUCGUCUGGGCGUCGGGCAACGGCGGCCUGCACUAUGACAACUGCAACUGUGACGGCUACACCAACAGCAUCCACACGCUCUCGGUGGGCAGCACCACCCGGCACGGCCGCGUGCCCUGGUACAGCGAGGCCUGCGCCUCUACGCUGACCACCACGUACAGCAGCGGCGUGGCCGCCGACCCGCAGAUCGUCACCACAGACCUGCACCACCAGUGCACGGACAAACACACGGGCACCUCGGCCUCGGCCCCGCUGGCUGCGGGCAUGAUCGCCCUGGCUCUGGAGGCCAACCCGUUCUUGACCUGGAGGGACAUGCAGCACCUGGUGGUCCGGGCGUCCAGGCCAGCACAGCUCCAGGCUGAGGACUGGAGGACCAACGGCGUAGGGCGCCAAGUGAGCCACCACUAUGGCUACGGGUUGCUGGACGCCAGGCUGCUGGUGGACCUGGCUCGGACGUGGCUGCCUACGCAGCCCCAGCAGAAAUGCGCCAUCCGGGUCGUACACACCCCCACCAGGCCCGCAGGAGGGGCCCUCACCCCCCACGCCGCCCCUAGCCCUAUCCUGCCGCUGAUGCGAGUGAGGAAGAAUGUGUCGGCCUGCGCGGGCCGUGCCAACUACAUCCGCUCACUGGAGCACGUGCAGGUGCAGCUGUCGCUGUCCUAUAGCCGCCGGGGGGACCUGGAGAUCUCACUCACCAGCCCCAUGGGGACCCGCUCCACGCUCGUGGCCAUCAGACCCUUGGAUGUCAGCGGCCAAGGCUACAACAACUGGAUCUUCAUGUCCACCCACUUCUGGGAUGAGGACCCGCAGGGCUUGUGGACUCUGGGCCUGGAAAACAAGGGCUACUAUUUCAACACGGGGACGCUGUACCGCUACACGCUGCUGCUCUACGGGACGGCCGAGGACAUGACCGCGCGGCCCUCCGGCCCCCAGGUGACCAGCAGCGCGUGUGUGCAGCGGGACACGGAGGGGCUGUGCCAGGAAUGCCACAGCCCCUCCUACAUCCUGGGCCACCUCUGCCUGGCCUACUGCCCUCCAAGGUACUUCAGCCACACCCAGCAGGCAGUGACCCCGGGGCCUGGGCGCUCGGCGACACCCACCCUGCGCAUCUGCUCCAGCUGCCACGCCUCCUGCUACACCUGCCGCGGGGGGUCCCCGCUCAACUGCACCACCUGCCCCCCUUCGUACACGCUGGACGAGCUUCGGGGCUCCUGCUCAGGACCUGUCCCUCCCAACAGCACCCCCCAGCCCACUGCAGUGGCCCAGCCCAGCUGCCACCAUGGCCAAGCCCAGGCUGCGGUGAUGGCCUUGUUGGCCAUGGCCUUGGGGUGCCCCUUCCUCUGCAGCAUCCUGUCGGGAGGCUGCCUGCCGCCAUGGGGGGGCCCCCUCCGUGCCGGGCCUCCCCACCAUUGCCACCCCAGGGCCGGCCUCUGGCGGGAACCUAGAGCCAUCUGACUAGGGCAGACACAGGCCUGGGCAGGCACCGCUGUCCUGCUCCUUUGCUUCGGACUGGAACCCGGGCUGGGGAUGUGAGAGUCUACCCCGAGAAGGCCCUGGGUGACCACAGGGCUCGGGCCAGGGGCGGCCUGUACAGAAUCCUGGACCCGAAAUGGGCAGGUCCAGGUGAAAGAGAGAGAGAGAAAAGUCUAGUUACACAGUUGGGGGUGGGGGGGGUGGGGCCGAGGUCGGGCUGUGACCACCCUUCCUUCCCAG